CUUUUAGAGCCUUAAACAAGCCUGCACGCAGUUUCAGUUCGCUGCCUGGAUUUUUCAAACUCUACGUGAACGUUAUGAACAGUUCGAAGACGCCAACGACAUGCAUGGUGACUUGUGUCGUUUUUAUCACUCACUGAUGCUGAGCCAGGCCCAGGAGUGUGUAACUGAAAAAUCCAUGCUGGACAGUCGGCCACCAGCCUUGACUGCUAAGUUGACUAAAUUUCUGGCGGAAUCAUACGAAUACUGUUGCAAUCAACUUAAUUCACAGACUCUGGCUUCAAUUCUUCCUGAAAAGUUCCUGCGGCUGCUUCUGCGCAAGGCUUCGGUAUCGGAUAAGUUGGUUGACAACGACGCCAUCUAUCACGAGCGCGCUCCCCCUCUGGCCGAAUUGGAGGCCGUUAAAGGGGCCAACGUAGUCAAACCCACCCCAUUCAACCACACGGACCCCGAGGUCAUCGGUCAGGACAUCUUCAAGGACCUCCUGCCGCUUGAAACACUUCAGGCGAGCUCCAUGUAUAGUGAGGUGAAGGCCGAAUUUUUGCGCAAAAUUCUCGCUGAAGUCGAAGAAAAGGACGUAGCUUUGGGUAAAGGCGUGGUGUACAAUCCAAGGAUGGCCAAGGUUGACGCCUCACGCUGUUUGUGUGUAUGUGUUACCAAGGUUGUGCGGGGGGAGGGGCAGGGCGGAGAAGUUAGCCGUGGUUAUUUCCAAUAA